CCGCGCGGGGCCGCGUCUCGCGUGGGCUCCGCGGGGGGGGGAGGGGAGGAGGCGCGGUCCCGCGUGGGGCCGGGGCCGCCGCUCGCGCUGCAGCUGCCGCGGACCAUGAAGGUGAAGGUGAUCUCGGUGCUGGAGGACAACUACAUGUACCUGGUCAUCGAGGAGAGCUCCAGGGACGCCGUGGCCGUGGACGCCGCCGUCCCCAGGCGGCUCCUGGAAAUCGCCCGGCGGGAGGACGUGGCGCUGCGGGCCGUGCUGACCACCCACCACCACUGGGACCACGCCAGGGGCAACGGGGAGCUGGCGGAGCUGUGCCCCGGCCUGCGGGUGUACGGUGCCGACGAGCGCAUCGGCGCCCUGACGCACAAGGUGGCCCACGGCGAGGAGCUCGCGUUCGGGGCCAUCCGGGUGCGGUGCCUCCUGACGCCCGGCCACACGUCGGGCCACGUCUGCUACUUCAUGUGGGAGGACGAGUCCCCGGACGCUCCGGCCCUCUUCUCAGGCGACACGCUGUUGGUGGGCGGCUGCGGGAGGCUCUGCGAGGGCACGGCCGAGCAGAUGUACGCCGCCCUGACCGGCGUCCUGGGCGCCCUGCCCAAGGAGACGAAGGUGUUCUGCGGCCACGAGUGCACCGUGCGCAACCUCAAGUUCGCCUCGAAAGUGGAGCCGGAGAACGAAGUGGUGAAGAAGAAACUCGCCUGGGCCAAGCGCCGGGACGACGAGGACCUGCCCACGGUGCCCUCCACGCUGCAGGAGGAGUUCCUCUACAACCCCUUCCUGCGGGUCGCGGAGGAGCCCUUGCAGAGGUUCACGGGCAAGACGGACCCGGUGGAGGUGCUGAGGACCCUCCGCGCCGAGAAGGAUCGCUUCAAGAAGCCCAAGGAGCGGCCCAACCCGCAGGCCCUGCUCGCGCUGGAGUGGGGGCUCCUGAGCCCCUUCCUGGAGAAGAAGUGACCCGGCGCAGCCGCGCGGCCCCCGAUCCCGGCCGGCUCCCCGCGAUGCCCACGGGGCCGGGGUCCCUCUGGCAGCAGCUGCGCCCGGAGCAGGACGAGGGCGCGGAGGCAAAGGUGAUGCACGAAAGAAACGCCGUCUCCCCCAUCACCGUGGGGCUUGGGGGUUGUUCUGUUUUUCUUUCAAUAGGACAAAAUAAAACCCUGGGUCAGGACUUGCACCGCGGUCGCUAACUCGCUGGAGCCGCCGCGACCGCUCGCGCCUUGCGGAUGCUCCGGAGCAGCUCGGGCCCGGAGGGAAGCGCCCAGCAGCCCGAUGGCUUUUUACACCGCUGCCGCUCUCCGGGGGAGCAGAACCGGGGCCCGGAGCAGCACCGGGAUGUUGCACCCGCUCGGUGCCCAGCUGUGCACAGUGGAGGAUCGCUUUCGGCUUUUCUAGGUGCAGCAGUUGUUAGGCAGCAACGUGCUGCCGCUUGUCCAUUACGUGUUAUUUUUCUUUUUCAAGACAGCUAGGAAAUUGGAGAAGGGAAAUGUUUUGGAUGAACCUUAUAUUUACAUUGCCGUUUAUUUAGAAUAAAAGCCAGAGAGCAGCUGGGACCCUUAAACCUCUUCAGCUUGCAAAGUUCUGAGCUAAGUUUGUGCAAUGUCGGGACUCUUUUUUUUUUUUUAAAGUUUGAAAAAUGUGCGGAGCUUUUAUUUUGCAAGUGAUGGGGAGGUUUAUUACAAAACUGAGCAGUGUGAAUUCCUUUUUUGGGGGGUGGGGGUGGGGGUGGGGGUGAGAGCUUGAUGGUGCCUCUGUAAAUAGCUGUGAAAAUACCUUUGAUGGGGCAACUUUUGAGCAGGUUGCUCCGUAUGGGACAGUGAUACGAGUCUCUGGCUUUCUUUUUGCAUCGAAGUGCAAAGUGUGUGUGAGUAAUUGUCUUCGCGUUGCUGAGUUUACACCUACUUUGCACAGCUGGAAUGAAACCACAGCGCAGCGACGAGAGGCCUUGGCCCCGUAACCCUGUGCUGUACGCUGCCUGUUUAAGCAGCGCUGAUUAUCAGCUUUACAGCUCCUAACACUGGACUAGAGUUGACUUCAGGAUCCUUCAUGUGUGGACUAUGAAUUUAAAUGAAUUUCUUACCACUAAAGCCUGGUUUAUGGCCAUUUCUUCCAUUGCUAGAAACUUGACAAGUUUGGUUUUUUUUAAGUUGCAUUGUUAUAAUUUACUCUCCCCCAUGGAGGGGGGGGGGAUUGAUCCUGCUGCACAGGUUGUCUCGGUACUGGAGUUAUUCUGUUUGGACACACUGGUACAGGUUGGUGUAGCUGCUGCACCGACCCGCACGCGGCUGUCCCCAGGGAGUGCCUGGGUGCUCCCUGGCCGUUGAGGUGCGCUGUGAGCUGAGGCACACGUUUUUGGGGGGAAAACAGGGUUCUUGAACUGGCAUCGAAUUUGCUAAUUUUUGAUAGCAGUAGCAGGGAACGCAAAGGCUGGGAGAAGGUCAAGCUGGUCUUGACACCAUGGCAAGGACAGGCGCUGGGAAGGCCCAGAGGAGCUGCAGGCGGGACGGGACGGGACGGGUCCUGCGCGCAGGGUCUGCUGGUGCCCUUAGCAAUGUGUGUGCCGGUAACCCGGGAGCUGGAGAGCAGAUGAAACAGAUCCCCAGUUGUUCAAGCUGCAGCUAAUUUAGCUUUGUUUAUUUGUGUGCUUCUGGCCUGACAUGCAUGUUCUCAACUAAACUGAACGUGUUUCUUCUGCACUGACGUACAAAGUUUAUAGCCGCAGGACUGCAGCUACUCUGCAUUAGCACUGGAAUUUCUUGCUGUAGUUAAAAACCUUAUGAGUUUGCAUAACACUGUGCAUUAUGAAACUAUGCAUGAAAAAAGGGCGUUGACGAAAACUACCAACUGGCUUGUAAAAAUGGAUAGGGAAGGGCAGGUGAGCAGUGUGAGAGUCUUGCCUUAUGAACACUGUGAACUCACUAAUUAAUGAGCAACACCUGAAAUUAUAACGUUUUUAAUUAAAAACAUUAAAAAAUA